AUGGAAGGCCUGCCUGAUACCGCUUCUUUUGCAAUUAAACUUAAAAACACUCUCAUCCAGUACCAUAGUAUUGAAGAUGAUAAGUGGCGAGUUGCUAAGAAAACGAAAGAUGUAACAGUUUGGAGAAAGCCCUCAGAAGAAUUUAAUGGAUAUCUAUACAAAGUCCAAGGUGUUAUAGAUGACAUUGUUAAUAGUAUAAUAGACCAUAUACGCCCUGGGCCCUGUCGCUUGGAUUGGGACAGCUUAAUGACGUCAAUGGAUAUUUUGGAGUACUUUGAAGAGAAUUGCUGUGUGAUGCGUUAUACUACUGCUGGUCAGCUUUGGAAUAUAAUUUCCCCAAGAGAGUUUGUUGAUUUCUCCUAUACUGUGGGCUAUAAAGAAGGGCUUUUAUCCUGUGGGGUAAGUCUUGACUGGAGUGAAAAGAGACCAGAAUUUGUCCGUGGAUAUAACCAUCCCUGUGGUUGGUUUUGUGUUCCACUUCAAGACAAUCCAAAUCAGAGUCUUUUGACAGGCUAUAUUCAAACAGAUCUGCGUGGGAUGAUUCCUCACUCUGCGGUAGAUACAGCCAUGGCAAGCACUUUAACCACCUUCUAUGGUGAUUUACGAAAAGCUUUACAAAAGGUAUAA